UGGCCCUCAUACUCGCCUUGGGACUCAACCAGUGUGCUUGUGUGACAUUGUGUCUGGCUUGUGUGUGUGUGUGUGUGUGUGGUGUGUGUGUAAGAGAGAGUGGAGAGAGAGAGAGGAGAGAGAGAGAGGGAGAGAAAAAAAGAGCAAGAGAGAGAUGCACCUGUGCCCUUGCACCUUACCACUCAGAAGUCAUAGUGGAGAAGUUUAGGCGGACUAUAGCAGCACAUCAUAGAACAGUUGGGAGAGAACCGAGGGAACCUGCCCAGACGACGCAGAGCAGCAUGAUUUUCAGCGGAGGUCACAUUUUCAGUGAUACCAUCGUCUGACACCUGACAUUGCUGGGACGCUGCCACGUCUGAAGGGAGUCUGGCCCAGAAGAGGACGGAGGAACCUCCAGCCCUUCAUUAUUCAGGUCUCUGAUUUUAGUUCCUGUCUCCUGUCAUGGCCGACCCAUCCUGGUGGAAACUGACCUUCCUGCGCAAGAAGAAGUCUGAGGCCAAAGUCCUGUACGAGAUCCCAGCUGAGUUUGCCAGCAACACGGACAACAAGGACGGGUGCAGCGACCCCACCGACAGCCAGUUCAAUGCCAGGCUGGAGAAGAUAGUGGACAAGUCGGCCACCAAGGGCCGCCACGUCAAGGUCUCCCACUCUGGCAGGUUCAAGGAGAAGAAGAGGAUCCGCGCCACGCUGGCCGAAAACCCCAACCUCUUCCCCGACCACAGCACGGCCGACGAGAACCAUGUGACGGCCGCCGACAACUAACUCACUCCGACCAAAUAACACAGACUCAAACUGACGUACAAAAACUCACGCAAUGUUUGCCUCAAGUGUGUGUGCAUUUUUAUAAGUGUGUGAACAGAUAUGUGUAUAUACAGAAAGAUUUUACAGGACUAAAGCUUUUUUCACAUGCUUAAAAUGAAUAAGAAAUGAUAUGUGACUGUUUGUCACCAAUACUGGAGGACACUGAGAUCUCCUCUCCGGCACUGUGUUGUCUGUAACACAGGAGAGGAAAUCAUUUGCAUACUCACAAAGGCUGUUUGAUUAGUAUCCUAUUUCUUGAUAGCACGGGACUUUCACUGAUCUUUCCAUCAUUUGGGGAUUUCUGCAAGACAAUCACAGUGUUGAUAAAUAUGCCUCAUCUUGGACAUUAUGUUUUGCCUAUUAAAUGAUUACCACUGUUGUUAUUCUUGUGAAACUAGUCUCUCUGGUCCUGUUAGAGAAAUGAAGUGCAGUUGAUGGGAUGCUGAUUGCCGUGCUUCUUAACGCUUCAGUGAAUGACAUGAUGAUGGCAGGGCUUGUUCAGUUAACCAACCACGCUAGAUCAGUUUUUAUCUGACUGAGAUAAGGCCCCUCUAUCUCAGUUUCAGCAUCAUUUUACUCAGGCAAUCAAGGAUUAGUGGACACAGACCGGACUAUGGCAAGAGCAUAGGUGUGGUCAGUGGAGUGAGGCUGGGAGGUGGUACCACUCUUACUAUCUUCGAGACAGUCCUGCAUCAUUUGUUUGAACUUUUGAAUUGUUUUGUAAAAAAGUUAUUUUGUAAAACAAACAGAAGACUUUUAAUAAAUCGAUCCAAUGGUGAUGAUCACAUCACGUA